CGCUGCCAGUAUGCACGUGACAGAACAGGGCUUCACACUUGGCACGCGGCGCCAUGGACUCGUCGUCGUCGUCGUCAUCUCCGUGGGCUCCCUGCGAUGUUAAACACGGGAAACGGUAAAGGAAACUCGGGAGACGGCGGCAGCGUGAUCCAGACCAACAGGCUGCGCCGUCAGCACGGCUUCCAGCUGCCGUUGCAUCCCCUGCAGCUCUCCGGUUGGUUGGCUUUGGCCGUUCUCUCAGGCGGAUCGUUCUUAGUACUCAUUCCAGCUCUACCGAUCACCGCUCAACCUCCAUUGCUAGCUGUGCUGUCCAUUUUGCUCCUACUACAUCUAGCAGCUCAUUUAGGAGCAGCCCUCGUGGAUCCUGCCGAGGUUGCGCUCAGAGAAAGGGAACCUGUACCAGUACCACAAUUAGAUAGGACCAAAUACGCUCACGUGAUAGAAAGCGGCAACUGCCACCUCUGUCUGAUCCAGAUCAGCGGGCCACGAACCAAGCAUUGCAGCUCCUGCAACAAGUGCGUGGCUAGAUUCGACCAUCACUGCAAGUGGCUAAAUCAUUGCGUCGGCGCACGAAACUACGCGUUGUUUGUGAUGUGCGUUUCGACUGCAGUCGCCGCAGCAGCCGUCGUGACGGCCCUGGCCGUAGCUCAGUUGGUUCUGCAUCAUUCAUCGUGGUACUGGAGUAGUCAGCAAGACGAAGGAGACUCCAACGCCGAUAAGAAGGAUCCAUUUCUCCCAGAUCUAAACUCAACAACCUCCUUGCCUCCGUCCUCUCUGCCGUCCAGUGAUGCCGCGUUUUUAGCAGUCGUAGCAGCCUUAGGACUCCUAGCAGCCAUUACAGCUGGUCUUUUGCUCCAUCUGUGCUUUUUUCACAUCUACAUCUCGUUCCUCGGAUUGACUACUUACGAAUACAUCAGGAAUCAGCGACAGAAUCCAGUUCCUGCGGCUAUUCCUGGUCAAGACGAAGAACAGGUGACAAACAACCCAACUCUUAGACAUCGACCUCUCAACCUUAGCUGUGGAGAACAGAAGACGAAAACCACGUUGUUUACGUGUACUGUACUAGAAGAAACCUUCUCUAACUGUAACGUAGAACCAACCCCCACACCCCCUAGUACUCCUCAAGAUUGCCAAAUGUGCGUAAUGUCUAGCAACUCAGUAGCUCCUGAGAUCAAGCCAGUGCAACAGAGAAAGGUUAGAAAAAAGUGGAACUGUUGUGUCUCGGUGCCCGACAGCCCCGACGAUCCGCACAGUCCGACGGAACCGAAGUGUCUUAUUUCUCUGUGCAAGCACAAGGUGAAGAGCAAGAGUUUGCCGGCAUUGGAAGGAAGGCCUCAUAGGACGACACACGGUCAUUGGUCCAGUGCUAAGUUAAGAAUGAUAUUUAGAGUACUAGGUAAUUUAGGACACAACAAAAGAAACCCGAGUCAACCAACUAGUCAGCAGCUAUCCCAAAUUGCCCGAAGCAACCAAGUGGUGCCUAACUCCGACCAAAUCCACUCCAACAACCAACAUCACAUCCAAACCAUCAACAACUUAGUACCUGUCACCUACCCGGAAGUAACGCGAAGGGCCAACGCCCUCCCCGCCCUGCCCACUCCUCCGCGGCGUAGACUGAUCAGUGAGACCGAAUUGGCAAACGCGCUUUCCGUGUUGCAGCAGCAGCAGCAACGGUGCGGGCCGAGGAGGCCCCUGUAUAGGAGAAGACGAAGGAGCGUGGUGCAUAGGCCAAAGACGCCCGCGCUGUCCCCGAUUAGAGAAAGUGGCCUGUCCAAUCCCGCAUCUCCGUCCCGACAGACUUGUACCGUGUCCACGUUGAGCGCGACCACGGGCAAUCGUCCAUUUUAAAUUGUGAGCUAUACCUUUGCGAAAUCUUUAGAUGGUUUUAUGACAGUCAAAAUUUAGAUAUCCAUUUGAAGUUAUAAUCAGAUCAAUGCUGUAUUAUUAUCAAUAUUUUGCAUUAUUUGUCGCACUUUUGAUACACGAGAAAAAAUUUUAAUCAUUGAUUAAGAAAAUUACCUUAAAAAAGACUUUAACCGUUGAAAUCUGAUAUAAUGUUUAUUUUAAUUUUUAAACUCUUCUAACAUUAAUCCAAAACACAAUUAAUUUAUAACAUUUAUUUAUUUAACCGUACAAAUUUAUUUAAAGACUAGUCCCUUUAAAUUAAUUCUAAUAAAUUCUAAUUGCCCUUGUAUAUAGUUUUACUCACUCUUAAGCAAGAAACCCAUUAUGAACGGCCGGCACGGCACAGCCCGGCCCGGCACAGGACAGUCCAAAUUCAUUUGUAUAGUUUCAAAUGCAACGUAACCCAUUAUGAGCGGCCGGCUCGGCCCGGCACAGGCCAGCACGCAAACGGAACGGCCAAAAUUCUCCGAGGAGAAUAAAAUCCGUUGAAGUCGAACGGCCAGUUGGCGCCAGUGCGUCAUAAUUGUUGGCAAUAAGCAGAUAUAUUGUUGAUUUUUUAAUUGAAAGCGCGUUGUUUCUUUUGAAAUAAAAUAAUAUGGAAGAAUUUUCAUUGAGAGUGUCAGAGAAUACCCAUUUUUGUAUGAUGCAUCGGACUCAAGUUAUCAUGAUAGUAAGAAAAAGGACAAUACAUGGGUACAAAUAUCCGAAAAUUUUGAUCAGUGGACAGGUACGUACAUUAUCUUUUAACCAUGAAUUCGUUUUUUUAACAUGAUGCAUAUUCAUUAACAUUGUGUAGUUUAUGUCUUUUAAAAACUUUUAUUUUGCGAUAGUUUUUAAAAUAUAUGAUCAUUUUUACGGUGCCGUGCCGUGCCGGCCGUUACAAAUAGGUUUUUGGACGUGCCGGCCUGUGCUGUGCCGUGCCGGGCGUUCAUAAUAGGUUUCUUGCUUUAGACGUGUUUCUAGAAUCCAGCGGAAUUCUCGUGACGUAGGAACAACCGUAAACAUCUUCUACGAAUCGCCUAGUAAAUUCAAUCAGGGGCGUAGCAAGGCUGGCGUAACACUAUAACCAAAUGGAUUAAGCAUUGAUUGAGAAAAAGGCAGCAAUGACUCUCUUAAAAUCUCAAAAUGUAUCUCCAUGGACAAAUGCAGGCUAGUAGAACUGUAGCAUUCAUGGAGGAAUACCGAAUGAAAGCAGAGAAGAAACGAGAAUACCCGAGAAGCAACUUGUGACAAAAAAAGUCAUAAGAAAAAUGAGUGAAGCAAUAAAUGAUAAUAAAUUAUGAAGAAAACGCUUUAGUUUUGAGCUAUACUACAUAUACAAUAUACAGAUAGUCUAAUAUCAUAAAAAGCAAUUAAAAUCAUGAGCUAAGAUAAAUGGGAUAGCAGAUCUACAGAUGGAACCCAUUUCUGUACCACCAAUAACCAAUCUAUUUCCUUCUGUUGUUGAAUUAGUAAAUUUAAUAAAGGGAAGUGAAUAUGCAGCCUAUCUUGGCAUACACCGUAUUGUGUGCGCUACGCUUGGUUGCUAUGUAAUCCAUGAAACGUAGAGAAAGUGUUCAAACAUCUUCUGAAUUUUUUUUUCUCGUAUUCUCUAAUUUGAAACCAAAGUGCAAAAUGAAAGAUACCUAUAUAUGAUGGCUCAGUCUUACUAUAGACUUACUAACUGCUAAUCCGUAAUAUUUUAAUAUAAUUUUACAUAGUUUUAUAAAAAUUAGAAUCAAAAUUGAAGAGUAAUAAUUUUUGCACACAUAUUUUUCUGGAAUAGUAUGAAAUUAUCUAAGGAAUUUCGAAUUUUGCAUUGUUGUGUAACUGACCAUAUCGCUUAAUGUUUUAAAGUAAGUUCAACGGCAAGUACUCUUAAUGACAUAUACAUUAAUAGCAUAGAGAACUUAUUGAUUCAUGUAGGAGUAAAAACACCUACUGAAAUAUUUAGUGAAGACAUGAUAAUAAAAUUAAAAUACUCGCAUCAGAGCUACAAACAAUAUAGAAAUCCUUGUAAAGUGGUACCAUAUACAAGCAUGUAUAGAUAUUUCAAUCGAUACCUCUACUCGUGCUAUUCUCCUUACAAUUUUGUAAUCCAUUUUAAAAAUAGUUCUAGGCUACCUAGACACCUGAAAUUUUCAGGAUAGCUUAGAACUAGCUAACAAUGCAAUAUUUAACUGCUAUUAUACAGGGUGAUUAAUUAUAUAGUGGGGUGAAGCUCCGUAGAUCCGUUAUAGUAAUGUAUAGCGAUAAAACUUAAUAACAAAAAUUGUAUCGAACUUUGAGCUUCAUAUAACAAAAUUAGUUAGAAUGUUACAGGGUGUUCGAUAACAUAGGAGCAGACCAAACUUAUGUUUUUUUUUAAAUAGAAUACCCUGUAUUUUAUUUUAUAUUCGACAUCUUCGUAACUUUUCGAUUACAAAAAUAUAAAGGUUUGGUAUGUUAUAGGGGGUAUUUACAAAGUUAUAACCAAUUUUAUAUGAAAAUCGUAACAACCUGUAUAAAUAAAAGCAAGCACAAGGUCAAUGGUUUAUUGACGUCAUAUUUUUUUAUUUCUUGUCAAAAUUUUCGUAAAUGUUUGUUUUACUAAUUUUCUUUAUAUUGAAUACAGGGUUAGUCAAAACGCAAAUACAUUAUUUUCUCAGUAAUUUUAAAUAGAACACCCUGUAUUUUAUAUCAUUAUGGAAAAGUACCAUUACCAUACUAUAAUUUUUAUAUAACAUUCCCUAUGUGUAAAUUUAUUAGUUUUCGAGAUAUUUUCAUUUUUCAGAGCAAAAUCAUUAAUAAUUACGGGUCUAAAUCUUUCCAAAUUUUAAGUAAGCCAUGGCUGAAUAAUUGUCUAAAACUUACAAUUUACGAUUACUGAUUAUUAUCAAUCUGUAAUCAAAGUUGGCUACAAUUUUUGUUAUUAACUUUUAUUACUAUCUAUUGAUAUUUUAUUAAUUAAUGAUAUUUUAAAGUACGUUAAUAAAUCGAUAUCUACAAAUUGAUGGUGCCUCAGUAGCAUUAGACUGCAGAUCGAGAGGUCCCCAGUUGGAACCCGGCUGUUGCGUAUCUUUUUUUAAUUGUUUUAAUAAAUAAUUAAAAGUUUAUAUACUUAAAAUUAUAUAUACCAUUUUAAACAACCGUGGUAUUAUAAAAAAUACUAUUUUAUACUAGUGUAAUUUUUGGAAUCAUAAUUAUAAAUAACAGGUAAUACACCUACUAAAAAUUCAUAUUUUGUAAGUUAAUUAUUCUUUCCAAACAUGUUGUGUCCUACAUAUGUACAUGUACAAUAACAAAACCGUGAUAUAAUAUCAUAUAUAUUAUAAUAUAUGAUAUUAUUUAUUAUAAUAUUUUUAUAAUGAUUAUAAAAAGUACUUUAUCUACUCUAUGUCACAUUAUGUAUAUGUUUUUAGUUUGUGAAAACUGUCAUUAUAGAUAGCAGUACGUGAAGAGUUUAAAGUGUGCGUGAAGUAACAAUGUAUUUUAAAUGAGAUUUACUUUUUCGCACACUUUCAAUGGGUUUUUUGGCACACUUUCAUAUAAUCAAAUAUCCUUAACUUUCGCGUUGUCAUGGUGAUGACAAUCUGAGCAAUGACUUACAACAAAAUUUUUGACAGUUUUGUGGUUUGAAAGUAUGAUAGUUAGGAUUUUUAAAUGUCAAAGUUCUAAAAAUUGUAGAAUAGAAAUGAAUUCCAGGGACAAAGAGUUAGUUGUUUUAUUUGUUUAUCGUAGAUAAAAUAUUGUAUGAAACUGUGCGAGAAGUACUUUUUGCGAACUUACGCGAUGUAUAGCACUCACUCCGUUGUCGCUCGAGCUCUAAAAAUCGCGUGCAUACUUCACGCUCAUGUGCUUCAUACUACGCUCUAAAAGCAUACUUCACGAACUGUUUCAAAAUAACUAUUUUUAUUAGAGUGUAAUUUUUGGAAUUUUAAGCAUUUUAUCGUUAAAUCGUUUAUCGGUUAAUUAUUUUAUAUUCUUUCCUAUAAAUAAUAAAAAGGUUUUAUUAUAAAAAAGUUCUUUUUUAUAAAAGGGUAAUUAUUUUCCAUUAGUGUCCACUUCGAGCUUUUGAAUGUCCAUCUCGAUUAAUCGGCUCUUCUUACGUCUGAAUAUAAAAUUAGAUGUAUUCUUCUAUGUAGCACAAUACAUCUUGUUGUAGUGUCAUUCUUCGUUUUAUUUCUUUAUCUUUUAUUGAUCUAAAAUAUAUCUAAAUCGAUGUAUAGGUAGAAGCUGGUUUAUUAAAUGACCACCUCGUUCUCCCCAUUUAACCUCAUUAGACUAUUGCUUGUGGGGGUAUUUAAACAGCAAAUUCUAUAUAAAUAGGCCAGAAAACAUCGAGGAGUUGAAAUUCUAAUUUGAUUUAAUAACAGUCAUUCAUUUUAUCAUUUCUCUUUCUAUUUUUACCAUUUUCCUCCUAGAGUAUUACAAGAGAUAUCCUCGAAUAUUUCAUAAAGUAAUUAGUGAAGGAUAUUUGUUCAACUGUUCUACUUUUUUCUGAAAGAACUAUUAAUUUCUUCAAUUAAAAAAAAAACAGAAAAAAAUUUACAUGAAGGCUAGAAAAAAUGUGAAUAGUAUUUGACACUUUUGGGGCACCCUAUAUAAAAAAUAUUACUAGUACUCUGCUGGUGAACUUACUUCUCGUGCGUUUGGUCGAGAUAUUCUAUAUAAUAACGAAAAAUAGUUUCACUGUCAUAAAGAAGAAGUCUGAAGCAAAAAGAGUGUGAAAUUAAAAAAUAUUGGCUUUAACAAAGGUGAAAUUAUUGUUUCUCUAAAUGUUAUCAAAAACAUAUACUCAAGAGGUAAACGGCAUGUCAGCAUUGUUUUGUAUUUUUUAAUAUAGUUCUUGGUGCAGAGAACAAUACAAAUAGACAAAGAGGGUUAUAACUUAGUAACUAUUAGGAAACUAUUCUUUUUUUGUAUAAGGAAUGAGUCUAGUCUAGUGUAAGUAAUGCUGUUCGUUUUGUACCUAAAAUAAUCCAAUUUGAAGCUAAAUUUAAAAUUUUUGAGGGUGCUAUGAUCAAGGCCGCCGAGAGGGAUGAGCGGGCCCCGGUAACACGUAAAGAGCGGGCCCCCGCAAAAAGUGAAGAGCAAAAAAAUUGUUUAAUUUUUAUAAGAAAUAAAAUUAUCAAUAAUAAAUAAUAAGAAACAGUUCAAUUAUAAAUUUUAUUAAAUUUUGAAUAUAUUUAUAGGGAAAAUUUUUGUAAUACUUACAGGUACUUUUCGAGUUUUCUGAUUAGCAAAGAUGUCUACAAUUUUCGAAAAAUCGCUAGAUUUUACCAAAUCAUCAAUGAACAAAGUUGCUAGGCCAGUUAACCGAUCCUAUUUCAUUGUAGAUCUCAUAGCAUUUUUAAUGCGAGAAAGACAACUAAAGGAUAUUUUCUCUUCAGCGGGUUAAAUUGCUUAAUUGCUUAAAAAAUCUCUGAUAAUAUUAAAUAUUUCACAGCAAAAUAUUUCGUCGGGCUCAAAAUGAUCAGUCACGUAACUACUAGGCCCAGGCAAAUCAUCAAAAAAUCUGGCAAGCUUCUUGCGCCGUUUUUAGAAUAAAACAAUAAAAUAUGUUUUAAAAUAGAGGUAAAGCUCAUAUAAAAGAUAGCCGACUGUUAAUUAAACGCAUUAUGCACAUAAAGUGAAGAGCAAAAAACGGGAAAAAUUACGUCUUUGGUCUGGUCGACGCCGGGCCCCGGUAAAAUGUACUGGCUGUACCCCCCUCCCCCCCCCCCUCCCCGAGUGGGCCAGGCUAUGAUUAUAAUAGCUGCAUAAAUUAUUAAAUUUUACAUUUUUAUAGCUAUUUUUAUUGUUUUUGUAGUUAUCUUUAUUUUAUAUUGGCAUAACUAAAUUUAUAUAUCAAAUAUUUUGUGUUAAAGCAACCAGUUUUUUCGCUGAAAAUAUAGUGCAGUCCUUGCGCUCAAUCUUUCCGUGAAUAUAUCCGUAAAUCAAAGUAGUAUACUUAUCAAUCCCUGUCUCUUUCAUGUGCUGUUUCCUCUUCAAGAUCUCUAGUGCGCAUUGCUAUCUGAUUCUCUCUUUCCAAGGUCAUAUUUGUCUACCGGUCCAUUGUCCACUGUCGCUUCAGCAACAGAUCAUCAAUUGGACUGUCUUGCUUCAAUUUUUCCAAUUCCAUUAUUAUCUACCAUUGAAAUAUCUGUUCUACCAUAAACCUUUGGCGUGUUAUCGAAUGUUUAUUUAAGUUUGCUAUUCAUGCAGAAGUUUAUCAUCAAUACUCCAUUUUCGCUUUGAAUAUUCUGGUUAUGUUUUUGCUUGAUUCCGGGUAUUAUUCGGUUGCCUAUUCGAAAGUUAGUCUCCCAUUAUUAUCAUCUUUUCUCUGGAUUGGUCUACUACUUGUUUUAAUGAGCCAUAAAAGUUCUUGUUGUUUAAUCCGCGAUAAAAUAUUGUCUUGUUGGCUUAUUAUUUUCUGGGCUGUAUAUUCCGAUGACGUUAAGGUCUCCUGCACCAUUCUUGUAUUUGCUCUUAUAAUCCUUUUUGACUGUAUUGACACUCUUUGAUCUGAUAUUGGUAUUUUUGGUUAAUUAAUAAAGCUACACCUGCUUUGGCUCGGUUUUUACUCACGUUGUAGAAUUUGGCAUACCCAUUUUCCAAUCCUGGAGAAUAUCAUUGUAUCAUAAUGAAAUUAUCGACCAAUGCUACUUACUCUAAAUCACCCUGUAUAUUUCAGUAAUGUCAUAACUAAUGACUCGAACUAGCUGCUAAGGCAAGAAUAUCUACAUAACUGUGAUCACUAGAUGUAUAUAAAGAUAGCAUUACUUUCACGAUACCUCAGACAUCUUUUCAAUAUCAUCUAUCUUUCAUAAACUUCUAAGUAAUAUGUAUCUAGAAAAGACAUAAUUUUUACCUUUAAGAACAAACUUUGUAUAGAUUUUAUAGAAACAUAGACCUCUCAACCUGCUACCUCCUAUUUCAGUCUUAUAAGAUAUCUACAACUAGAUGUAGAAAAGAAAAUUAAAACUUAACGAAUAGUACAUUUUUGAGGUGAUAUUAAUGAAAAAAUAUUCAAAAUUACGCAUAUAAAGUAUACGCUUGAAUUGUAGAGAAGUUUAGUUUCUAGUAGAUCUUAAACUUUUUCAAAGUAACCCUAGGAAGAGAUAUCAAUUAUACCAAAGUUGUUACAUAUUUUUCUAAUCUAGCAAUUAUUUUUACUAAAUAAAACUUAUAUAAUAAAACUCAAAUCUCUAAUCGAUAGUUGUGCUUUUUAAUUCGUUCUUUAUUCUAAGAUAUUCUGUUUUGUUUAUAUUGAUUGUGAAUCCCCAAUUUUCGUAUUCUUCGGUUAACUUUAAAAUAAUAUAAUUCAUGUCUUCCUCAUCAUUCGCCAUAAUCACUUGAUCGUCUGCGAAGAAAAGAUUUGUUAUGUACUUAUUUUCAAGUUCUAUUCCCAUUCCUGUGAAUCCUGAAUAUAGGGUUUGAAUGGAGUUGGGGAUAAAGAACAUCCCUGUUCUAAGCGUUUUGUGACAGGAAAUACGCCUGAGAUUUUAUUUUCCAUUUUAACGGCACUUUUUCCAUUUUAACGGCACUUUUUUCAUUUAUGUAUGUACAUGUUCGGUAUAGUGUUGACGUAUGCAUUACUUAGGUCUACCUUCCUCAAUAUUGCAAACAAUCUUUUUAGGGGUACUGUAUCAUAGACCUUCUCUCAACGAAUACUCAAUCAGUCGGUUUUCUGGCUGUUCCUUUCUUUUCCUUUCUUUAUAAUUUGUUGAAUUACAAAUUUAUUAUCAACACAAGAUCUGCCAGCACGGAAUCCACUCUGAUCUUUAUUUCUUUUAUCAAUCGACUGUACAACCUUUCCAAUGGGCUAAUAACGCUUAUACUUCUGUAAAUUUUACAUUUCUUUUUGUUUCCUUUUUUUCAAACUUCAAUCUUAUGGAAUAUUUUCUUGUUUGAUUAGAAUUUUAUUAAAUAUCUAAUCCAAAAAUUCUAUUAGUAUUGACGGUCCGAGUUUUAUUAAUUCAAUGGGAAUGUUUCCUGGUCCUAUGGCUUUCCCAUUUUUCAUUUUCCUUAAGGUUCGUCUUAUCCCGUCCACACUGAUUGACUGUACUUCGCAUUUUGACCAUUUGAUUGAUAUAAAUGUUUCUGAUAAUUCUUCAUUAUUUGUUGUCUAUAUCGUCACGGUGACCGUGAGGCAAUCUAAACAGUGCUAUACGGUAUGGUGCAAAUGCAAGGAAUAAAUUCGUUAUUUCGUAAGCUGGCGACUCUAAGGAAAAAUUCCGAAACAGGUUAAUUUUUAUUUUUAAAUUGUGAUUUUUUGGCAUAUACAUCAUACGCUUAACGUCAUCCAUCUGGGAGUAAUGACGUAAUCGAUAAUUUUUUUAAUGAGACUAGGAGUCGUGUGCUAGCUCAUUUGAAAGUUUAUUUAAUUCUCGAUUUUAGUAAUGUAAACAUUAACAUAAUUAUUUAUACAGGGUGUCCAAAAAAAAUUUCAAUUACAUUAAUCGACAAAAAAAGAAGAAUGUAUGUAAUUUAUUUAAUUCAAAAUACAUUUUACUGUUAUAGUCGGUUCGCUAAAUUCAGACACAACUUUCUAGUGAUUUUAGUAAGUAAUUUUGCCAAUUUGGUAAAACUGGCAAAAAAAUAAUUACUAAAUAGUUAAUCAUUACUAAAUAGUUAGUAAUUUUGCCAAUUUUUGCAAAAUUGGCCAAAAACAAAAAAAUUACCGACUAAAAUCACUAGCCAGUUGUGUCUGAGUUUAGCGAACCGACAUACCAGAAACAGAAAAAAAUGUUUAAACUUCCAAAAGGCAGGUGGCUGGCAGGAGCUGGCUUGAACAUUGAAUUUAAGCGAAAAGCAAUGUUUAUUUGUGAAAUAAACAUUUUUUUCUGUAUUCUGGUAACAGCAAAAUGUAUUUUGAAUUAAAUAUAUUACAUACAUUCUCCUCUUUUUUGUCAAUUAAUUUAAUUGAAAAAAUUUUUGGGCGCCCUGUAUAAAUAAUUAUAUAAAUUUUAUAUUACUGAAUAGAGAAUUAAAUAGCCUUUUAAAUGAGCUAGCACACGACCCCUAUUCUCAUUUAAAAAAUCAUCGAUUACGUCAUCACGUCCAGAUGGAUGACGUCACUCGUAUGAUAUAUAUGCCAAAAUAUCAUAAUUUAAAAAUAAAAAUCGACCAUUUUCGGGAUUUUCCUUAAAGUUGCUGGUUUACGAAAUAACGAUCCUUUUAUUUGCACCAUACUGUAUAAAAACAGCCGACUAGAUGUAGAUAUAUGACAUAAUAAUAGCUCCUAAAUACCGAUAUCCUGUUUAAAUAUCCACCAGAAAUUAACUAAAAAUUUUAGUAAACUAGUGUAGCUGUAAGAAAAUAGUUUUUUCAAUAAUUCAUGAAUAGACUGUAAGAAAGUUUCUCCACAUUCCCAUGAGAGUUCUAAGAUAUCUUUAAAUAUCAGAUAGUUUCAAUUUGAUGAUGAACCUUUAAACAUUUUGCUGAUAUACCGUUUAUCUACAUGAGAUUUGAUAUUAAAGUUUAUGUCAGAAUUUGUUGUGGCGUAUUAAUAUACAUAUUUUUACUUCAUAAAGACGAACAGCUCUUCAACACAAACACUGAAACGUAAUCACAAAAAUUGAAGACAGCUGCAGUUCGUUCUUCAAAAUUAAAAAAUUUCCUGUUACAGAAAAUUGGCCAAAAGACUAAAACAAACCUAUGCUAAUAUGUUUUUUCUGUUUCCUAGUAUCAAGUUGAAGGGCAUUACUCUUCUUCUUUAGGUUUCUUGCUGCUUGCAUCCACUCCUGGACAAAGGCCCCCUAUUAGUUCUCCAUUCUUCUCUGUUUUGUGCUUGCUAGUUUCUCCCCACUUUUGCUUUGAUAUUGACUAGCCAUCGUUUGUGUGGUUUUCCUCUACUACAACUGUGUUCCCGUUUUCUCCAAUGUACAAUGUUUCUCAUCCACCUUUCGUUGUUUUGUCAUGCUACGUGUUCUACCCAGUUCCAUUUCAUUUUCGCAAUUCUUCUAAUUGCAUCUUCCACCUUCGUCCUGCUUCUCACGUCCUCAUUUCAUCUAUGUUUUCUCAGAGAUAACAUAGCUCGUUCGAUCACCCUCUAUGCUGUUCUUAAUCUAUUGGCUGAUAACUCUAGAAGUGUUACAGUCUGCAUUCCAUAGGUCACAACUGGUAGAAUACAACUGUUGAAUAAUCAUCUUUUUGUUAUUUUCAACAGAAUACUUCCUACUGCUGCCCAAGUCAUUCAGAUUCUUCUAUAGCUCUGCUGUUUGAUUCUGUUUGACCAGUUUGACCGUGUGACCUAGGUAUAUACAGGGUGUCCAGAAACUCUCCCGACAAACGAAGACUGGAGAUUCUUUAGAUAAUUUUAAGACAAUUUAACCCUAUUCACUUAGUCCGAAAAUGCUUCCUAAUGGAGCUAGAGCUCUUUGAAGAUGCUCUUUUUUAAAUAGAAGUUUUUCUUAAAUACCUCCAGAACGCUUCUAUUUAGAAAAACAAAAAUUGGUACGCGUAUUUAUCUUCCAGAGACCUACCUUAGGAAGGUAGUGCCAGAAUCCGGGCAGCUGCCUAAAUUUUUAGUGACGGUUUCACGAUAUUGUCAAAAAGGAUAUAAAAUAGAAAUUAAAAAAAAAAUAGGUGCAGAUAUUUUUUAUAUUACUAUUUUUGGGAUGCCAAGAAAUUUACCAAAAUUUAUCAAAACAGUUCCGUAAAUUAAGUAAUUAACAAUAAAAAAACUCAACUUACCACCAGUAUUUACUGCUGAUGUACUUUUUUUUUCAUCACUAGGUGGGGAAUCUGCAAACAGACGUCGGAAGUAAACAUUUCCUACAGUGCUGGGUUCCUGAGCUGAAACCUCAUCAGUGUCACGUCGACCAGUUUGGCCCUAAAUCGGACCACCCUGCCCUCCGUAACUCCGAUGUGGCCGGGACCAGCUAAACCCCACCCCUCUCAUACUAGGGAAUCAGGGUGGAAUCGCCCGUUAGGGCAUGAUUUCUCCCCGAUGUCCUUCUUUUGCCCGAUUCUCAGUCGCUCGUCAUCACGCAUCAGCUUCCGUCUCUCUCGCUCAUCCGACCACCACGUCCUUUAAUCCUAUGCUGUCAAUAUUUCAUUCUUCCUACCACUGUUGAUGUACUUGAAGUUUUUUGUUACGAUUUGGUCUCUAGAGCCUAUUUAGAAAAUUAUAAAAAUAACACUAUUCUAUUAUUUACACACACGCACAAAGUUAUUUAAUAUCACUGUUAAAGUUUACGAUAUGUGAAGUCCAUCCUUCUUUCUUUUUUGGUGGCAAAGUUUUCAAUGACUUUGUUAUUAAAAUUGUCAAUGCCAUUUACAAAAUGUAUUUCUGCAGACAGCAUACCUAAAGUACUUAGUCGUUCUUCCUUCAUGGUAUUUCUGAGGAAUGUCUUAAUUCGUUUUAGCAUUGAAAAGCAACGUUCUGCUUCAGAUGUUGACAUGGGAAUGGUUAUUAAUAUACUUAAAAGUUUAACAGUUUCUUCAAAUCUACAUUUUAAACCUUCAUCAUUUAAUAAAACUGAUAACGGAACAGCCCCACAGGUAGUACUUAAUUCGUCUCGCUGAUACAAUACUUGUAAUUAAGUUUUAAGCCGAGUUUUGUUUAAAAAUAAAAAUUGUGUGCAUGUUUCAUUAAGAAAUGAUUCGGGGAACUUAUCCUUAUAAGCAGAAAACUUCUCUGGCAUAAAUAAAUGAGAAGCAACUAAAUGUCCGGAGAAGGUAAACCUUGUUUUUAUUCGCAACAAAACUGCAUCGCAUAUCUCGUCACCUCCAAACAAAACGCAUACAAAACAGAACAGUUUAUUAGUUUGUUUGCAACCACACAACCAGCUAUUUUUAUCAUAAAUAGUUUUAUUAAACUUACGACAGCGAAGUUUUUGUCCAUUUCCACUUUGUUUUUCAAUUUUUAAAUCAGGUAAAGGCCGACCGAGUUCUUUAUUUUGAAGUUUUUUUUUCUAACGAAAAACCACCAAAAGAGUUUUUUAAUAUACUAAUUUGUCAAUUCAUUGUCAAUAAAUAAAUUAAACGUAUAAAAUAAUCAAAAUAUUAUUUAUAUACCUACGACACCCACGACCACGACGCACUAAUAAUUACAAAUUAAAAAAUAUAGUAGAGUAUAAACACAAAAUACUCGUACAAUACAAUAGUAGAUAAUAAACACAACAGCGUCAAGCGAACGCGUAAAGAAACUAGAAAUAGAUCUAAAACAUUGUAUCUUAAGAUCUACUUUUCGAGAUUUCGAGCCUGGCACAGAGAGUCCAAUUUAAACGUAUAUUAAAAGUGCAAUACCGCUCUAUCUCUGUCACUUACAUAGGAUGCUCAUACAAUCUUUCUCUUUUCUGGCGUGCCACUAUACCUUUCGGCACCGGGAUUUUCAUGAUCUUCAUCCCUUAUCCGGUCAGCUGUGGGUGGCCAAAGUCGGUGGUUAGAUGUGCAUUGCGCUACACAGAAAUAAUCACAAAAAAAAUUAACAGGCAUUAAGAUGUUUUUAAGAUAAAAAAUAUGUUUCUGCAUAGUUAGCAAGGUAGUGCCAUGGCUCUAUGGCACUACCUCACGGGCCGCCACUGUCCAGAGAUAAAUAUAUUUCAUCCAUUGCGAUUUUUUAGUACCGAUCACAGGCGUCCGUUUUGGGCAGGGCAACAGUUAUUUUAUCGCAUAACUUUUUUGUCUUUAAUUUUUAAGCAUUUUUGUCACUGUAUUAUUAAAUUGUGAGAUAUUCUAGUGCUAAAAGGUACUCUUGUUUUAAGCCGGUAGGACACACCGUUUUCUAGAAAAAUCGAUUUGAAAAUUUUUCGUUCUUUGAAUUUAAAAAAAAAUUCAAAAAAAACCUAUUUAGAAAGUCGAAAACUGGUACAUUUAUUUAUAUUCCAGAGAUGAAUUGAUUUCAUUAACUGCGAAUUUCUAGUACCGGUCAUAGGCGUCCGUUUGAGUAGGUCAACAGUUAUUUUAUAACGUAACUUUUUUGUCCUUAAUUUUUAAGCAUUUUUGACACUAGAUUAUUAAAUUAUGAGGUAAGUUUUUUCAAUUUUUUUCAAAUUCCAAAAACGAAAAACUUUCAAAUCGAUUUUUCUACAAAACGGUGUGUCCUACCGACUUAAAGCAAGAGUACCUUUUAGUACUAGAACACCUCACAAUUUAAUAAUCCAGUGUCAAAAACGCUUAAAAGUUAAAGACAAAAAAGUUAUGCGAUAAAAUAACCGUUGCUCUACCCAAAACGGACGCCUAUGACCGGUACUAGAAAUUCACAAUGGAUGGAAUCGAUUCAUUUCUGGAAAGUAAAUAUGCGUACUAAUUUUCGUUUUUCUAAAUAGAAACGUUCUGGAGUUAUUUAAGAAAAACUAAUUACAUCACGCCAUCUUAAAAGAGCUCUAGCUCCCUUAGGAAGCAUUUUCGGACUAGGUGAACUGGGUUAAAUAAUCUUAAAAUUAUCUAAAAUAUCUCCUGUCUUCGUUUGUCGGUAGAGUUUCUGGACACCCUGUAUACUCUUCGAUACAUCAGAUCUUACUUUCAGCUAAGUCGAUUAUGGUACAUAUUUUGAUUUGUCAUCACUUUUGUUUUAUUUAAAUUUUUAAACCGAUUUUCGCAGAUUCUUUUUUAAACUAAUUUAGCAUGUAGAUUAGCUCUUCUGCAUUGUUACGUUUUCGAGUGUUAUGUCAUCAACAAAUCUUAGGUGACUUAAUAAUCUGCCAUCAAUUUUAAUUCCGGUUUGUUCCCAAUUUAACUUCUUGAACACAUCUUCUAAUGAAGGAGUAAAUAAUAUUGGAUAGAUAGUGUCUUCCUGUUUAACUCCACUCUCCGUUCUUGUUUUGCUUGUCUUUAUACCUUCUGCUACAUUUAUUUGCAUAGUUGCUUUAUCGUACAUAUUUGUAUUUUAGGAGUAUGUGGUAUCAGUCCUUGCGUUAUUGAAUCCUUUUAAUACGGCCCAGAGUUCUAUUAAAUCAAAUGCCUAAUUGAAAUCCAAAAAUGCCAAAUGAAGAGGUCCAUUGUAUUCGUUAUACUUUUCUAUAAGUAUACGUAUUGGCUGUAGGAGUUUUAUGGUACAAUAACCUUUGCGGAAACCGGCUUGUUCAACAGGCUGGUAUCUAUCUAAUUUAUUUGAUAGGCUGUUAGUUCUGUAAUUUUCUAGUUUGUCUCCAUUCUUGUGUAGUAAAAGUACCUGCGCAUUUUGCCAAGAGAUUGGAAUAGCAUCCACAAAGAGGCGUUACUUUUUUUCUUGCAAUAGAGGACAGCCAAGCGAAUGAUCUAAAGUAUUUUUUUAAAUAAAAAUAUAAAUUCUCGUAGAAAGGGAAAUGAAAACUGAAGCCAAAUUCAGAGAAAUCCAUGUUUUGCUUUCUUAAAAACCCAUGUCUUUUGUUGUUAUCUAAAUUAAACAUGCCGCAGGAGAACAGUUUCAAAACCUUGCUAAAACUUAAAUAUUUUGAUAAGAAAAAAAUAUGCUACAAAAUACGCCUCAACAAACUUCUGACAAAAAACACAUAUUUGUUGUACAAAGCAGACAUGUUUUUAUAUAAUAUUUAAAUAAUUUGUUAUUUAAUCAAAUUAUAUCAAUGUUUUU